UUCCCAAGCCCCUUUCAGUUCAUCCCCACCAACUCCUUCCCAAAUCUCAAUCUCUUCGAUUGCCGAAUUAUCCAAGUGUUUCUGCUGAUAGAUUUGGUGUGAGAAAGCGCUUUAUGGCUAUUCCGGUGGAGGAGGCCAUUGCGGCGCUUUCGACCUUCUCCUUGGAGGAUGAGCAGCCGGAUGUGCAAGGACUAUCAGUUUCACUAUCUUGUGAAAGAUAUGCUACUAAUAGCCCAAUUGAAUAUGGUGAUGUUUCUGCAUAUCGUCUAUCGCUGACAGAAGACACAAAAGCAAUCAACCAGCUGAAUACCUUGAUUCAAGAAGGAAAAGAGAUGGCAUCAGUAUUGUAUACCUACAGGAGCUGUGUCAAAGCUCUUCCACAGCUGCCUGAUUCUAUGAAACAUAGCCAAGCAGAUCUGUAUCUAGAGACAUAUCAAGUUCUUGACUUGGAGAUGAGCCGAUUGCGUGAAAUACAACGGUGGCAAGCAUCUGCUGCUUCUAAGCUGGCAGCUGACAUGCAGAGAUUUUCUAGGCCUGAAAGACUUGUAAAUGGACCAACAAUAACUCAUUAUUGGUCUAUGCUGAGGUUGCUAGAUGUUUUGGUGCAACUUGAUCAUCUUAAAAAUGCCAAAGCAAGUAUACCUAAUGACUUUUCAUGGUAUAAGAGAACAUUUACACAGGUUAGCGCUCAAUGGCAAGAAACUGAUUCGAUGAGGGAAGAGUUAGAUGAUCUGCAGAUCUUCUUAAGCACGAGAUGGGCUAUUUUGCUGAACUUGCAUGCGGAGAUGUUUCGAGUGAAUACUGUAGAAGACAUUCUACAUGUUCUCAUUGUGUUCUGUGUAGAGUCUUUGGAACUAGACUUUGCCCUCCUAUAUCCAGAACGACAUGCCCUCCUCCGUGUUUUGCCCGUUCUUGUUGUUUUAGCAACCUCAUCGGAGAAAGACAGUGAGUCACUGUAUAAAAGGGUCAAAAUCAACCGUCUUAUUAACAUAUUUAAGAAUGAUCCUGUUAUUCCUGCAUUCCCAGAUCUGCACCUUUCACCAGCUUCAAUAUUGAAAGAACUAUCAAUGUACUUCCCAAAUUUUUCAAGUCAAACUCGUCUUCUAACCCUACCUGCACCACACGAGAUCCCUCCUCGCGAAAUGCAAGAAUAUCAGAGGAAUUACCUCGUUAUCAAUCACAUCGGAGCUAUUCGUGCAGAACAUGAUGAAUUUGCCAUUCGGUUUGCUUCAGCUAUGAAUCAGAUUGUGAUACUGAAGUCAAUGGAGGGUGCAGACGGUGAGUGGUCCAGGGAUGUAAAAGGAAACAUGUAUGAUGUAGUUGUUGAUGGUUUUCAGCUCCUGAGCAAAUGGACGGGGAAGGUUUGGGAGCAGUGUGCCUGGAAGUUUGCUCGUCCAUGCAAAGAUUUAACUCAUAUAGACACUAAUAAGAGCACCGCAUCUUAUUUUGACUAUGAAAAGGUUGUUCGCUGGAAUUACUCUUUUGAUGAAAGAAAAGCUUUGUUAGAGCUUAUCAGUUACAUAAAAGGUAUUGGUUCAAUGAUGCAACGGUGUGAUGCACUAGUAGCAGAUGCUUUGUGGGAGACUAUCCAUGUGGAAGUUCAAGAUUUUGUGCAGGAUAAGCUAGAUGUCAUGUUGCGAUCUACAUUCCGUAAAAAGAAAGAUUUAUCUAGGAUUCUUUCUGACAUGCGGACCCUAUCAGCAGAUUGGAUGGCAAACACAAAUAAGGCUGAACCAGAGUUGCAUUCGAUGUAUCCGGAAAGUGGGGAGGCAAAGACAAACACAUUUUAUCCAAGACCAGUUGCUCCCACAGCCGCUCAGGUUCAUUGCCUGCAGUUUCUGAUAUGUGAGCUUGUAUCUGGUGGCAAUUUACGGAAACCUGGAGGGCUUUUUGGGAAUAGUGGCACUGGGAUUCCUAUAGAUGAUCUCAAACAGUUGGAGACUUUCUUUUACAAGCUCAGCUUUUUCUUACAUAUUUUGGAUUACACAGCAACAAUUGGUACAUUGACAGAUCUUGGUUUUCUUUGGUUUAGAGAAUUCUACUUAGAAUCUUCUCGAGUUAUCCAGUUUCCAAUUGAAUGUUCACUUCCCUGGAUGCUUGUUGAUCAUGUGAUUGAAUCUCGUGAUGCUGGGCUUAUUGAAAGCAUUCUGAUGCCGUUUGAUAUCUACAAUGAUUCUGCUCAACAUGCAUUGGUUGCGCUGAAGCAACGGUUUCUAUAUGAUGAAAUUGAAGCUGAGGUUGAUCUUUGUUUUGAUCUGCUUGUUCUGAAGCUCAGUGAGAUCAUCUUCUCAUACUAUAAAAGCUGUGCAGCAUGUGAGUUACUUGAUAAAGCAUUCAUUGCUGCAUCUGAUGAUAGUGAAAAGUAUUCUGUUCAACCGAUUCGAUUCAAUGAAAUACUGAAACUUAGAAGAGUAAAGCUGCUUGGACGGACAAUUGAUCUGAGGAGCUUAAUCACACAGAGAAUGAACAAAUUAUUUCGGGAGAACAUUGACUUUUUGUUUGACCGUUUUGAAAACCAGGACUUGUGUGCCAUUGUGGAAUUACAACAACUACUGGAAGUCUUAAAGCUCACUCAUAAGUUACUUAUGAGGAAUCUUGAACUCGAUUCAUUUAGUUUGAUGCUGAAUGAGAUGCAAGAAAACCUUUCACUUGUUUCAUUUUCGAGUCGACUUGUGACACAGAUCUGGACUGAGAUGCAGAAUGACUUCUUGCCAAACUUUAUCCUUUGUAAUACCACUCAACGGUUUGUCCGCUCUCCAAAAGGAGCUAACCAUACCACCCAAAAGGCCUCCCUUCCCAAUUCAAAGGUUUACUAUUACUGUGGAAACCAGGAUUUAAAUUUGGCAUAUCAAAACUUGGCAGAAUUGUACCAUGAGUUCUUUGGAAUUCCUCACAUGUUUGCGAUAGUCCAGCUUAUCGGAUCAAGGUCAUUGCCCUUGAUUAUUCGUGCUCUUUUAGAUCAUAUUUCAAACAAGAUAACAACAAUUGCACCUAAAAUUAGUGGGCUGCAAGAAGCAUUGCCAAAGGCUAUUGGACUACUUCCUUUUGAUGGUGGUGUAUCAGGUUGCCACAGAAGUAUUCAUGAACAGUUGACCUGGGGCAUGAAAACCGAACUUAAAACAGAAGCUCUUCAUAAUCUCAAGGAAAUAGGAAGUGCAAUAUACUUUAUGGGCCUUCUGGAUAUUGUAUUGAGGAAGAGUGACACAACACAAUUCAUUCAGACGGCACCAUGGUUAGGGUUUAUUACUGGAAGCGACGGACAAGCAAAACAAGUUCAUGGAGCUGAAGGGAGUCCUAUAGUUCAUUUACUUCGAACUGCAACAGCUACAAUUGUGUCCAACCCUACAUGUCCAAAUCCAUCAUCCUUUCUCACCAUGUCAAAACAAGCAGAGGCUGCUGAGCUCUUAUACAAAACUAACCUCAAAACUGGAAGUGUCCUAGAAUACGCUCUUGCCUUCACAAGUGCAGCAUUGGAUAAACACUACAAUAAAUGGAGCGCCAAUCCUAAGACAGGGUUCAUUGACAUUACCACUUCAAAGGAUUUCUAUCGUAUUUUUAGUGGCCUUCAGUUUGAAUAUUUGGAGGAGACAGUUAUCAACCAAUCGAAAAAUCAUGAUAUCUUGGGUGAUUCAGUAGCCUGGGCUGGUUGUACAAUUAUGUAUUUACUUGGUCAACAACUGCAUUUUGAGCUUUUCGACUUCUCAUACCAGUUCCUCAACGUCGCUGAGGUUGAGGGUGCUACACUCAUGCAGCACGGUGCAGCCAAGAGUUCCGUAUUUUCCCAGGGAUACGAAAACUUAUUGGAAGCUAUGAGGAAAGCGAGAAGGCUGAACAACCAUGUGUUCUCGAUGUUAAGAGCGCGAUGCCCUCUCGAAGACAAGGUAGCUUGUGCGAUCAAGCAAAGCGGAGCACCAAUUCCUCGGAUUAAAUUUGUCAAUACUGUGUCUGCAUUCGAGACAUUGCCGCAGAAAGGUGCCUGAAAAGUGAAACUUCUGAGACAAAGAUUGAAGAAUUAAGUUCUCGGCAUGGCUUAUUCAGGGCACUGACAGUAUGAUUUUGUGCAUGAAGAAAUCUUUCAUCUUUGUUUCUGGUAUCAUUUGUAUUGAACACUUGUGAGAAACUUGACAAAAUUAAGCUAAUGAAAGGUAGAACUUGUUUGUACAACAGGGAUAUAUUAGUUCAUUAAUUUUAAUUAAAAGAUUUGAUAGUUUGGUUGUUGACA